AUGUCCAUCCCGAAACCCCCCAACAACGCGCAACGCCAGCGCCUCGCCGCCGAAACCCUCUCUCUAACAGAGUACGUCAUCAAAGCAACAACGGGCGCCUCGCAAGCCUCCCGCGCCCACCCUCACCUCCUCCCAUCCAUCAAACCCAUCUCCAACAGCGCAGCCCGGAGACCACUGCUUAGCGUCACAAGCCAGGACAGCUUCACCGCCGCGCGGGACAUCCUGCAGCGCACAGCCGGCAGAGCCAGGGUGGGUGUUCUCAAUAUGGCGAGCGAGCGGAAUCCUGGCGGAGGGUGGUUGAACGGGGCGCUGGCGCAGGAGGAGGCGCUCUGUCUGCGGAGUACGUUGGCGGCGACGCUUGACCGCAAGUUCUACCCGCUGCCGGUGUAUGGGGCUGUGUGGUCGCCAGCUGUGGUGGUCUUCCGAGAUGAGGUUGCGAGUGGGUGUCGGCUGUACCGGGACGAGGAGAAGUUUCUUGUUGGCGUGGUGAGUUUGGCGGCGUUGAGGAGGCCGGCGUUGACGGCUGAUGGGAGGCAUUUUGCCAAUUCGAAUGAUGUGUUGGUUUUGAAGAACAAGAUGCGCCAGGUCUUCCGGGUUCUUGCUGAGAAUGGAAUCUCGCACUGUGUGCUUGGGGCGAUGGGCUGUGGGGCGUUCAGGAAUCCGCCGUAUGAGGUUGCCAGGAUUUACAAGGAGGUUUUGCAGGAGACGGAGUGGGAUGGAGUGUUUGAAGAGAUUGUCUUUGCGGUGCUGGAUACGAAGGGGGAGUCCAACUAUACCAUAUUCAAGAAUGUCCUGCUGUCUCAGGGUGGUAGAUGA